AUGACCUCGCCGGCUGAAGCCCAAAGCAAGCUGGCCACCAGUUCAGAUCCUGCCAUCGCAAAUCCCGCCGAAGAUGCCUCGGGACGACAGCCCACCGCCUCCUCCCCCGCCGCCGCCGAACUCGCCAGUACAAAGAUAAGCCUACACAAUGCGCUGCGUCGCUUCCCCGACUUCCCGAUCCCGGGCAUCAACUUCAUUGAUAUCAUGCCGUGGUUCUUGGACCCCUCCAUCCAUGCCACCCUCUUGCGCUCGCUGGAACUGCAGCUCCUGCACUUCGGCGAGUCCAACGCUGCUGUCAAGCCCGAUGUUGUUGUUGGCCUAGAUGCUCGAGGCUUCCUCUUUGGUCCGUCCCUGGCCCUCAAGCUUGAUGCUAGCUUCGUUCCUGUCCGGAAGAAGGGCAAGCUGCCCGGUCCCUGUGUGACCGCGGCGUAUGAGAAGGAAUAUGGCGCAGAUUACUUCCAAAUGCAGGAAGGUUCAAUCAAGCCAGGCCAGAAGGUCCUGGUGGUUGAUGAUAUCAUUGCAACUGGUGGAUCUGCCGCUGCCGCUGGUGAUCUCGUCAAGCAGCUUGGAGGUACCUUGGUAGGCUACCUAUUCAUUGUGGAAAUUUCCUUCCUCAAGGGCCGAGAGAAGCUGGGCGAUGUACCUAUCGUCACACUUCUGGAGGAGGCGGAUUGA